UCCAUUUCCCCGGGAGGUUGGAUUGAAUUGCAGCAGCAGACUUCAGGUGUCAAGAUGUCAGAAAAGGUCAGCGCUGAGGAGAUGGAGGAGAUCACAGAGGCCUUCCAGAAAGUGGAUGUGGAUGGGAACGGCUACAUCUGUGCCUCUGAACUCAACAAUCUCUUCCAAGAGGUCGGCUGUGCUUUACCUGGUUACCAGAUCAGAGAACUCCUCCAGAAGCUGGACAAGAACAACGACAGCCGCGUCACCGUAGACGAGUUCACGGCUAUUUUUUCAGAUUUGAAGGACGACCGCAUGGCGACAGGUUUCAGGAAAGCUUUAGCCAAAAAAGAAGGAAUCUUGGCCAUCGGAGGGACCAGCGAGAUCUCCAGCGAAGGAACUCAGCAUUCAAUAUCUGAGCAGGAGCGCUACGCCUUCGCCAACUACAUCAACUCUUCUCUGGAGAAGGAUCCCGACUGUCAACACGUUCUGCCCAUCAACCCUGAAACUGAAGCUCUGUUCAAAGCAGUGGGAUCAGACGGCAUCUUACUUUGUAAACUCAUCAACCUCUCUGUUCCUGACACCAUUGAUGAGAGAACCAUCAACAAAAAGAGACUCACAGCUUUCACCACACAGGAGAACCUGAACCUGGCUCUGAAUUCGGCCUCGGCCAUCGGCUGCCAAGUCGUCAACAUCGGAGCUCAAGACCUGAAGGAGGGGAAGCCUCACCUGGUGCUGGGUCUCCUCUGGCAGAUCAUCAAGAUCGGACUGUUCGCUGAUAUCGAGCUGAGCCGCAAUGAAGCUAUUGCUGCUCUGCUGCUGGAAGGAGAGACUCUGGAGGAGCUGAUGAAGCUCAGUCCGGAGGAGCUGCUGCUGCGCUGGGCCAACUUCCAUCUGAUGAAAGUCGGCAUGUCCAUAUCAAACUUCUCUGGAGAUAUUAAGGACUCCAAGGCGUACUUCCACCUGCUGGAGCAGAUCGCUCCUGACGGCAGCAAAGAGGACGUCCCACGGAUUGAAGUGGACAUGACCGGUGUUUAUGAGAAGGAUCUCUCUAAGAGAGCAGAAGCGAUGCUGAAGCAGGCCGACCGUCUCGGCUGCAGACAGUUUGUAACCGCCACCGACGUCGUGUCUGGGAACGCCAAGCUCAACAUGGCGUUCGUAGCGACGCUCUUCAACAAACACCCGGCUCUCACCAAACCAGAGAACCAGGACUGGUUUCUGGAGAGUGAGACCAGAGAGGAGAGGACCUUCAGGAACUGGAUGAACUCUCUGGGAGUCAGUCCUCAUGUUCACCACAUCUACGGUGAUCUGCAGGAUGCCAUGGUGAUCCUGCAGCUUUAUGAGAAGAUCAAGGUUCCUGUGGACUGGGACAACAGGGUCAACAUGCCUCCAUACAAAGGCCUCGGAGGAGGAUUAAAGAAGAUGGAGAACUGUACGUACGCUGUGGAUCUGGGGAAGACCAAAGCUGGUUUCUCUCUGGUGGGAAUCGGGGGACAGGACCUCUACGAUGGGAACCAGACUCUAACUCUGGCUCUGGUCUGGCAGCUGAUGAGAAGGUACACAUUAAAUGUUCUUGAAGACCUCGGAGAAGGAGAAGUUGCAGGAGAUGAUUUGAUAGUUUCGUGGGUUAAUGAAACUCUGUCUGCGGCUGGAAAGAGCUCCUCUAUCAAAAGCUUUAAGGAUAAAAGCAUCGGUACCAGUAUGCCGGUGCUGGACCUGAUUGACGCCAUUCAGCCGUCGAGUGUCAACUUUGAUCUGGUUCAAACAGGAGAUCUGUCAGACGAGGACAAACUCAACAAUGCCAAGUAUGCGAUCUCCAUGGCGAGGAAGAUUGGAGCAAAAGUCUACGCUCUGCCUGAGGACCUGGUGGAGAUCAACCAGAAGAUGGUGAUGACCAUAUUCGCCUGUCUGAUGGGGAGAGGCAUGAAGAAGGCAUAGACACACACACACACACACACACACACACACACACACACACACACUGACUGACUGUGUGGUUGGAUGAGACAUGAAGAGUGAACAUAGCUAUAUUGUCUUGUUAUUUUGAAGAGGUUUAUAUUUUGCAUAAGCCGAAAUAGAAGCGUCACUUUCUAAAUCUAUUCUGCAUUCAGCUGUUCAUGUGAAUAUGAAGCAAACUUUUGGUGCUUCACUAACAUGCAACAGCGUCAAUGCAAAGACAUGAUUACAUGCAAGUUAACACUGGACAACCGAUCCAACCAGACUCUAGAAAAAAUUCAGAAAACAAGCAUUUUAAAAGCAGUUUGCUUGUCAUCUCGCAGCUUCUAUAACGGCUACAUGCUAAAUGUUUAUCUCUCUUCAUCUGAAUCUCAGUUUUGCUUUUUGGACACUUUGGUUGUUGAGUGAUUCUCAGCGUCACAUUAAGAAACAUCCAACUUCCAUACUGCCCAUAGAUAUACGGAAAAAAAUAUUAGACCAGCCUUUUUCUUCAAUUUCUUGUUUAUUUUAAUGCCU